AUGAAUCAGGAGCGGUCGGUAGUGUUGUUCCUAGGUAGGGUAGUGUUUAUCCUUGAAGGAUCAGAAGAACUCUCUUUAGCUCAUGGAGAUGAUAUUCAGAAUGACAUACUUACUGAGAAUGUUGAUACAGCUGCCCAAAGUCAAAGUACUGGUCAUUCCUGUGAAAAUACGGGGAUGUCGCUCUUGAACGUUAAUGUUCCUGGAAACAUAGAGGAUUGGGGGUUUCAUGAUUUGAAGGAGGUAACAUUUGAUUCUGUUGAUGAAGCUGAAAACUUUUACAACAAUUACAGCAAGUAUAUGGGGUUUGGUGUCAGAAAAAGGGACAGAAAGGUUAACAAAUAUGGGAAAUGGACAUCACGAAAAUGGGUUUGUUGUAAAGGAGUCAGAACUGAAGAAAAUGUGAAUAGAGAAAAUAGGAAGAGGGAAGCAAAGGCGGUGACUAGAUUCAGAUGUCUUGCUUCGUUCAAGGUGAAAUUUGAUAAAAAAGAUGGGAAGUACAAGGUAGAGGAGUUUGUUUCCGAGCAUAAUCAUGAUAGAGUUGGACCUGAACAAGUGCAGUUCUUAAGGUCUCAUCGGUCACUGAAGGAGGGUGAUAAGGCACAAGUAGAGUCACUGCGAGGGGUGGGUGUGAAACCGAGCCAGAUAAUGGAUUUGAGGGUAAAUGAAGUAGGUGGCUAUGACAACGUCGGUUUUACUCUCAAGGAUUUGUACAAUUUCGUGGAUGGAGGUAAGCACCCAAGUGUUGUGAUUACUGAUGGGUGUAUGUCAAUGAAGAGGGCCAUUAAGGAGUUAAUCCCUGGUGCUGCUCAUAGGAUUUGUUGCUGGCACUUGAGAAGGAAUGCAGAAUUGAAUGUUAGUCCAAAGCAGUUUCUGAAAGUAUUUGACAGAUUGUUAAAACGGAUUGACUCGGUUGAUGAAUUUGAGGAGGUAUGGAGGAAAGUUGUUCCAUCUUCUUUGGUGGUGAAACGAUGGUCCAAGGAUGCUAAGAAAGAGUGUCAUGUGCAAUCAGACCACCCAGAGCUGCAAAAUGAAGAGUUACAUGCUAUGGUGAGAUCUGGUCAAGAUGUUGAAGCUUGUUUGAUGGCGGCGAGACUGGAGGAAGUUAAACAGUAG